CGAGGACUGACUUGUGUGAUGUCAACCUGUCUAUUCCACGCACGAGUGAGGAGGUCACAGCCAUGUAAGUCGCUCAGCGUCACUCAACCCGCUGCCUCUUGCCCCCUCCCUCCUUCUCGCCCUCACUCGGCCCAUCUGCACGCCUCCUGUGCUGCGACACACUCCCACACUCAGCCGUCUGCGCCUGCAACACAGAAAGGACGACGGCACUUGGAUGGAACACGCCUUUUUGUGUGUGUCAUGUCAGUCAGCUUGCCUGGCCGUCCCCUGCCCCCUGCUGCAGUUGUUUGUCGUCCCCGUCUUGUGUGGCCUUGGGUGGGCCGGAUGACUCCCCUUCGUCAACCUGCACGCGUCACACACACAUCCACACACGGAGUGAGCUGCCAGAUGGUGUGCCCCGAGCUCACUGACAGAUGACGCUGCCGGGACGGGAGAGGGCGUCGGCAGCAGGGCGUCUGAAAGAAUGAGUCAACGACAACAGAUGAACACACACAUGGGUCGUUGCUUCAUCGGAUUCAGCUACCUUUAGCGGGCUGCUGCUGCUGUGCUGCAGGGUUGUUCUUGACGUCGAUAUACUUGGCAGCCGGCAGGGUGUAGAGCUUGAGGAUGGUCCUGGCCGCCAUCUCCAGCUGACGCCAGUCCACCUCUAGCAACUCGUACCAACGCGACUCGCGGGGAAGAGCCACAGACAAGUCGCAGCAAGCCAGGUAGACGCUGCACAACACACCACACCACAGCCAGACACACAGGUGUUUGGUUUGAGAAGGUGGUGUGGAUGGGCGGUUUUGUUAACCUGGCUGCUGCGAUGACUUCUGGCUGCACCCUGCAGCAGAGGUUGGUGCGCAAGCUGUCGUUGAGAUACCCCCAUGUGCGGGUGGCGACCUCAUGGUGACGAGGCAGACCUGAGAUACAGACAGACAGACAGACAGCAGAAGUAGGGUGAGUGCCACUUGCAGAUCUUGGACUCGAGCCCCCCGUAUCUACCUUUGAUCAUGUUGAUGUACUGCAGUGCCAGCGUGUGUGGGUGCCGCAGCACCCGCUCCAUCAUGAACCCCAGCUCACGCAGCAGAUACCGCUCGAUACGCAACACGUCACUCUCCAUCUUACGACACACCUGUCGUACACACAUUCACAGCACGACUCUCAGCAGGUGUGUGUCUGGUUGCCCACUGCUCCGCGGCUGACCUGUGAGCUGGGGUCAAGCGGUGGAAUGCCUUGUGCGUUGACGUCGGGCUGCUCCUCCUUCUGCUGCAGAUGGUAGAACACUGUGAUGAUGUCCUGCACACGCCGGCAGUCCUCCUCCAUCUUCCCAGCCAACACCACACACGCCGCCGCUGUCCGCUGCACACACACGCAUCCAGCCACCCACCACCCCAUCAAUCAUGGCUUAUGUGAUCAGACGCAUGAACGGACGGUUGGUUCACUCUGACCCGGACGUCGAAGGCAGCGAAUGAUUUGCGGUAGUAGAACCGGUGCAGGAUGACCUGGGCGCUGGCCUUGGUCACGGCCUGCAGCUUCAGCAGCGUGCCGGCCUUCUGGAUCAGCUCACACCCAUACACGCGCAGCUGAGUCUCCGUCGACUCAUCUAUCCCGUGCUCGCGGGAGGGAGGACUCCAUAGUGCGUCGUCGGGGACCAGACGAAUCAUCUUCCGCGCGUCCUUGGUUUGGUUUGGUUAGUGUGUUUAACGAGACUCGUGUCUGUAACCCCGGAGGGAUCCUGUUGUCUCACGCACUAAACUAGCAGCAUGUACAUGCAAAGCAUGCACACGGCCUGUCUACCCCUCCCUGCACUGGCACCGGCGGACAAACAGAUGGCAGCAGAGAGCACUGGCUGCCUUGUAGAACGUUGACAAACACCGAUUCCGGCUACAUACACAAGAACGGGCGCUGUCGCCCAGCAAGAGCCAUGGCAAGUGUACAGAAGCCAGAAGGGGGAAGUGGAAAAAUGAGCGCUCUCUGAGCCACCAAAGCAACGAUCAGCCAAUCACAUGAAUACACCACCAUAUACACACGGGACCCAUACGGAAGGAAGACAGGAAGACAGCAGAGGGAGAGAGAAGGAAAUAGCCAGGCAGGCCAUGGGGCCCUGCAACAUAUGAUAGACGAUACCUAAGGUGCACUCCAUCCCUUCACACAGCACUGAGUAUGAUGCCACAGUGGCGCCUGUCUACUUGUACGGUAGUGAGCUGUGGGCGGGCACUAACUGUGAUGCAGUACGGUGUGAUCUAAGUCGAUAGGC